AUGCUGCUGCGGGGCCUGGCGGGGGCGCGCUGGGGGCCCCCAAAGAGCCCCAGGGGCACCCCAGGCCCCCAGCCUGCCACCUCCUGCAGUUCGGACAGCACAGCAGAGCCUGGGGGCACCCCGGGCACCCCGGGAAGGGACAGCAGGACAGCCACCCCUGAUGGCGCCAGUGGGGACCCUCGUGCAGCCCCCCCGGUGCCCCCCCCGCCCACCCACUGCUGCGGCACCGGCUGCCCCAACUGUGUCUGGGUGGGCUACGUGGAGCAGCUGCUGGAGCUGCACCGCGACGGCGGAGCCCAGGCCCUGGAGGCUGUGGAGCAGCACGUGGAGGACGAGAACAUCAAAAUGAUCCUCAGGAUGGAGAUCAGGCUGCGUGCCAGGAAGGAAUGAGCCUCCCCAGACUGAGGGGGGACACCCCUGGGGGGACAGGAUCCGUGCCUGGGUGGUUUGGAGUGAUUGCUGUGUGCUGAGUGUGCCAUCCCAGGGGUGUCACGCGAGGUUGGGUCACCUCCUGCCUCACAGGGGGCUGUCCUUGGGGACAGGUGGUGACUCAGGGCUGUCCUGAGCCCCGGAUUUCCCGGGAGCUGGAUGCUGUGCCCUCCCCAGCGUGGCAAAUCCCUGCCAAGGGCAGCCCUCCUCCUCCUCCUCCUGUGAUCCCAGCUGGAAUUUAAGCACCUUGGGGGGAUUUUCAGCACCUUGGCCAUGCCCUGGUGAUGGGGAGGGCCGGGGGGGCCGUGCCAGACCCUCCCCAGUGACACCACAAAGCCUCUUAGUGGCCUCUCCGUGGGGGCAGCGUGUGGCACUGAGCACGUGGGGAGCUGCAGCCUCCUGUCAAGGACACUGUCCCUGUCCCUGCUGUCACAUCCUGCUGGGCUGCUCUGCAAGGUGCCUGUUCUGCCUCCAUCUUCAAUCGCCAGAAACUUGUCCCAAACCCCCUCCUCAAUCCUGGGGCUCUCACAGCCAUUGACACCCACCCAGACCCCCCCAUGUCACCCCAGGACAAGGUCCCCAAGAAGCCACCCAGCCCUGAGUGUCACUCACUAAUGAACCCCAAUUAACAGCCAGGCUCUGCUCUCUGCCAGGGAAGUAGGUGCUUCUCCAUGGAAAACACUCCUGGAUUUCUUUAAUCCUAUUUGUUGGAGCCCAACUAAUUGCAAUUAGUGGCGGGGGCUGAAGUUCAAUUAAAGUGUGCCGAGAUUA